AUGACAGCAGACGCCAAAACAUUGGAUUUUUCCACAUUCCACAAUGUGAUCAAUAACCAAUUGACUACAACAUCGGAAACCCGACAGGGGAUCAACCCUGCCAACACUCAGCCUAACCCACCUGUACCAGUUUCGUCCCAGGAUGAUCUUGACAAAGCCGUAAAGGCAGCUCAAGAUGCUUUCAAGAGCUGGGCCAAGACUUCCUUUGAAGAGCGACGUAAAGCCCUGCAUGCCUGGGCCGAUGCCAUUGACGCCAAUGCCGACGGAUUUGCGAAAACCCUUACAAUGGAACAAGGAAAGCCAUUGAGUCAAUCAUCUGCAGAGGUGGGUAUGGCAAGUCUAUGGAUUCGUGGUCUCACUGCCAUUGAGAUUAAAGACAACAUCAUCGAGGAAACCGAAGAUAGGAAGAUCGUUCAACGCCACACACCCAUCGGCGUGGUGGGUGCCAUUGUCCCCUGGAACUUCCCUGUCCUUCUGGCCGUCGGAAAAAUAACAUCUGCUGUGUACACCGGAAACACCAUUAUUGUGAAGCCGUCCCCCUUCACACCUUAUUGUGACUUGAAGCUGGUCGAGCUUGCGACCAACUUCUUCCCUCCUGGCGUGAUCCAAUGCCUGAGUGGUGAGGAAUCUCUCGGCCCGUUGUUCACUGCUCACCCUGGAAUUCAGAAGAUCAGCUUUACUGGGUCGAUUGCCACUGGAAAGCGGGUUAUGGCUGCAUGUGCUCCGACUCUCAAGCGAGUCACACUCGAACUGGGUGGCAAUGACCCGGCAAUUAUCUGCGACGAUGUUGAUAUCGAUGCUAUUAUCCCCAAGAUUGGAGUUCUUUCUUAUCUCUGCAGCUCGCAGAUCUGCAUGAUGAUCAAACGACUUUAUGUGCACGAGAAGAUCUACGAUGAGUUCUUGAGCAAAGUAAUCACGUUUGUCAAGACCCUGAAAGUCGGCGAAGGUACCGAGGCAGAUACUUUCUUCGGCCCUGUUCAAAAUCAGAUGCAAUAUGAGAAAGCCAAGGACCUGUUCAGCAGUAUUAGUACUGAAAACCUGAAAGCUGCGCUUGGAGGCUCGAUCGAGGCUUCUUCCGGGUACUUCAUCCAUCCGACCAUUAUCGAUAAUCCUCCGGAGACAUCGCGCGUGGUACAGGAGGAGCCAUUUGCUCCCAUUCUUCCCAUCAUGAAAUGGUCUGACGAGGACGAUGUCCUUGAACGUGCGAAUGCUUUGGAGACAGGAUUGGGCUCUUCUGUCUGGAGUAAAGAUUUCGAACGUGCAACUCGGAUUGCAGAUCAACUCCAGUCGGGCUGUGUGUGGGUAAACAGCCACUUUGAUGUUGCACCGAAUGCACCCUUUGGUGGACACAAGCAGAGUGGCAUGGGUGUGGAAUGGGGCCUUGAUGGCCUGCUUGCGUACUGCAAUUCGCAGACCCAGUGGCUGAAGAAGAGUUUCUAG